AACAUGAAUAGUCACUCCGUUUCUCUUUCUCGUUUUGAAUAGUCAAUUUCUCUGCCUUGGUCUUGUCAGGAUUAACUUUGUAAUUCCGCUUUAAAACUUUUAUCACGUCAAGGUCGUACAAAAAUCACCUUAUAAAAUCGAUAAGGUUCUCAUUAUCAUAGUUUAUUAAUCAAAAUUAUUAGACAUUCAGUUCUGUGUGGUGUUGCUAGUUUUAGUGACAUUUCAAAAUAAACAGAAGAGACUUUGUGCAGGUUAUGUGGAUUGAUUUUUGAUAAAAAUGACGGAACAUAUACGUAAUGGUCACCAAAACGGAACCUCGGGUGAAUACGAAGAAAUCAAAGUACCCGUUCCCUGGGGACACAUAACUGGAAAGUGGUGGGGCUCUAGAAUUGUUCAACCGAUCAUCGCAAUCCAUGGCUGGCAAGACAACUCCGGAACAUUCGACAACUUGGCACCACUGCUCGUAGCUAAAGGCUUUUCGAUCUACUGUAUAGACCUACCAGGCCACGGCUUCUCAUCACACAUACCAAAAGGUCUGCAGUACUAUCUUUGGUACGAUGGCGUCCACUUUUUAAGAAGAGUAGUCAAAUACUUCAACUGGAAAAAUAUAACAAUCAUCGGCCACUCUCUUGGUGGGGGUAUCGCUUUCUUAUAUGCCUCUAUUUAUCCUACCGAGGUUUCUAAAUACGUAUCUCUUGAUAUUUCCAGCCCUAGUGUAAGAAGCUCCCACAAAAUGAUCGCCAUAGCAGGUCAUAGUUUAGAUAAAAUGUUCGAUUACGAGAGGAAAUCGGUAGACGAAAUGCCUUGCUACGAUUAUGAGAAUAUGCUGGACCUCAUGGUACAGGCACAUACCGGAUCUGUCGACCGAGAAGGCUGUAAGAUCUUACUAAGGCGGGGUAUGACCAAGGCUCCACACAAAGAAGGCUGUUAUUUAUUCACCAGAGAUCCAAGGUUAAAAGUAGGAGUCUUAGGAUUCAUGACCAUGGAUCUAGUGUUGAAUUUUGCUAGAGAAAUAACCUGUGAAGUUCUAAAUAUUCGAGCGAGUGACGGCUUGAAGGUAGAUCCACCAGAAAACUACGACGUUCCUUUAGAAUAUAUAGAAAAGUAUGCUAAGAAAUUAGUGCGAGUCAAUGUUGAAGGUACUCAUCACGUGCACUUAACUAACGCAGAAGCAGUAGUACCAGCUAUAACAGAGUUUCUGUUGGCAAAAUGAAGUGGAAGUAGCAUAUUUUUCAUAGACUGUUCAAUAAGUUUUACGGUUCGAUAAGAGAAACACAAUGUUAUGGUUUAAAAUACACUUUAUUAUGCAAAAAUCCACAAGGAAAAUAAAAUUCCUGUAGCUGGCUGUAUACACCAUAAAUCACAAAAAAUACUGGAUCCUUUGUAAAAGGUAUAUUUAAAAGACCCCAAUAAGGGUUACAUUACAUAA